UCCAAUUAAUUUCACAGUCUUUUUUGACAUUUGACUAGAAGAGGUUAAAAACUUCCAAAUCUUUGUGCGUUUUUCUCAACAAAACCAGUUUUUAAACAAAGCUUUACAAAGCAAGCGAAUCGAUUUUCGAUUUUUUUUUGUUCAAGUGAAUAUAAGUUGCAACCAUUACGUGUAAACAUGCCAUCUAACAUGAAUAAUAAACUCGACCCAACGUUUAGUAGUAGUAUCAGUAGUAGAAGAGAAGUUAAUGAAAAUGCUCUUGGCUACCCUAGCGUAUCCAAGGUACGCACCGUCUCUUCUUCUUCUUGCGCCACCAACAUCUCGACUGAGUCCUUCUGUAUCUCUCUCGGCGUAGGGCCUCUGUGGUGGUUUGAUGUCCCUACCCACCACAGAACUGAUCACGAUAGGGCGUCACUCUUAACUGAUUAUUCUCGGAAGAUUUCUGUGGAUUCAGCUGGUGGCAAUGUAUUCGAACACAACCGCACUUCUUCGGAGUGCUCUGAUUCGGAUAGCAGCGAUUCACAGCUUAGCGGUGAUGCACAGUCACUAUAUUCGGAGGAAGAUUGUCAAGAAAUGGUAAAACAUAUCUUGCAGCAUGAUAAUCCAACUCGCAUUACCAUCAAAUUGCACGUAACUGAGAACAAGUAUACAGCAUGGGAAUCGGUUUUAAAUCCGGUAAAUAACAUUCUAUACGUUGCAAUGCCGGAAAAGCUUCCACCCGAGGCUUCAAAGGACACAUUCAUCUCUUUGCUAGAGUUUGCAGAGGAAAAAUUGGAUGUGGAUGCAGUUGUUUUGUGUGUACGCAAGAAUUUACCAGAUCGCGGUUCUUUAUUCGAGACUUUACUGAUCAUGGGUUUCCAACCCCUGUCUAGAAAGUCACCGAUGGCUCCACCAGCUACUGCUAACGAUUCUGAGAAUUACUUCUUCAUUUACCAUAUCGAAGACUAAGUCGACAUACAUACAUAGUAACAUCUUUAUAUAUGCAUGUGGCGCUAGUUCAUUCAACAACAAAUAUCAUACAUAAGAUCUUUUAAAGGGACAAACAAAUAAAGUCUGGGUAGGAGAUAUUAGAGCGCGCAUGCAAUAUGUCGACUUGAAGUAAAAAGUUAAGAGUAAAGGCAAAAAUAUCGUAUUUUAUUCAAAAUUUAUCACAGAAAAAAUAAAAUAAAAUGUAAAAAAAAUUAUAAAA